AUGUUUUAUGCUGUUAUUGAUGUGCUUGAGUUGAUUAUGGAAAAUUCUAAGUCUGAACAGAAAGCUAAAGCAUCCAAUCUCCUUGAUUCACUAAAAUCUUUUGAUGUUGCAUUUAGCCUUCAUUUGAUGAGAAAUAUUCUAGGAAUCACUUAUGAACUGUCACAAGCUUUGCAAAGAAAAGAUCAAGAUAUUGUGAAUGCUAUGACAUUGGUCAAAAUAUCUAAACAAUGGUUGCAUCUAUUACAGCUUGUUGCUCUUGAUAAUCAAUUGGAGACAUAUAUUCUUGAUACGAAGUCCAAUGCUGAGUUUUCAAAUUUGACAGCAAUUAGCAAUCUUGCUGAGAAAAAUGUUAAAGACAAAAAGGAAUCUUCUGUCGAGAGAGCAUUUUCUGCUAUGAAGAUUGUGAAGAAUCAAUUGCGCAAUCGAAUGGGAGAUCAAUAG